ACGCCCUGGGUGUGGGUUGUGCGAGAUGCCUGGCUGUAGAGAGGGGGGACGAGGACCCCGGCUGGGGGUUAUAGAGACCCCACAAACAGGACCUGUGCAGGACAACGGGUCCAAGUGCCCUACUGAGAUGCUUCAGAAGAGCAGAGCAGCAGGGAUGGCAGCCUGGCUUCCAAGCCGCGUGCUUCCCGGUCCCGGCACCCACCUGUGACCAGGCCACGGUGCCCUCGAUGACAGAGGCCAGCCCGGCAUGCCGGGCCCUUGGCGCUGAGGCCACUGCGUCAUGGAGGGCCCAGCGGAGACGGCCGCUGAGGAGCCAGCCCCGACGGGGAGGGGGCCCGUGGGGCCCUCGGGAGGCAGCGGUGACCGCGGGGUCCAGAGAGCGGGAGCGAGUGCGUCAGUCUUCUGGGAGCGAGCAGGGCCUGAGGAGGCCAAGUCUACCGCUGGAAGCGGACCCUGCUCUGACACAGAUGCCACUCCUGCCCCUGGUGUUUCUCCACCGGCUGCUGGGCCCUCUCCCGGCCAGAUGGGCUCCUACCCCACAGACCUGACCUUGCAGCUGCUGGCUGUGCAGAGGAAGAGCGGAUUGCCCGACCCCAGCCUGCAGCAGGUCCUGCGGGGCCGGCUCCGUCUUCUGGAGAAUGACAGCUGGGAGGUGGCCCGUGCUCUCGGGGAGCUAUCGGCCAGGCUGCUGUCCAUCCACAGUGACCAGGAUCGGAUUGUGGUGACGUUUAAGACUUUUGAAGAAAUCUGGAAGUUUUCCACCUACCACGCUCUCGGCUUCACUCAUCACUGCCUGGAAAACCUGCUCGUGGACCAGACCUUCUGGCUGCUCGAGCCUGACGAGGACGAGGAGACGGCCAUCCAAGUCCACGUGGACGAGGAAGCCUUGAAGCUGACGCACGAGAGCCUCCUUUUCCAGGAAGGGCCUUUCUUUGUCCGGUGUCCUGACCACCAUGUGAGAGUGAUGACUGGCCUCCAGCCCUUCAGGCAGGCUUCGGGGUUUCCCCAGGCAGAGGCGGCCCUGGCAGUGGACUCUUUGGCCCCCAGCCACAGCACAUCCUUGGAGGAGGGGACAGCAGUGGAGCCUUUGAUUCCGUUCCAUCAGUGGGCUCUUAGGGUCCCCUGGGACCCCAUCAACGACUCCAUGGGUGGACCUGUGAUGCCGGACAUCCAGCCGAUGGCUGUGGGCCUGGCCUCGGCCGUGGCGGACUGCCAGGGCUCAGGGCCCGAAGAGAUGACCUUCCGAGGCGGUGACCACAUAGAGAUCUUGGGUGCCCAGGUGCCUGGCCUGCCCUGGUGCCUGGGCCGGCACGCAGCCUCCGGCCAGGUCGCCUUUGUGCAGACGAGCCUCAUCCGUGUGCAGGGCCAAGCGUCUGACUUGGAAAAUGUGAUUUUUCUCAAUGAAGAGGAAAGGUCUUUCUUCAGCAGCGAAGGACGCUUUUCUGAGGAGGAUGCCAGGCAGCUACUGAGGAGGACGUCCAGCAUGGACGUCUGCACUGUGUACAGCUUGGACACAGAAGAAGCUGAGACAGAGCAGCAGGAAGAACAUGCAGUCACUCCUACUGCGGCCCCGCACUGUGCCCAGCUCUGCGCUCCGCAAUCCACGGAAAUCUCAGGGCAGCCCCGUGGGAGAGAGAUGCCCCCGCCUUGCCUGCACCCAGAGCCACGUGAGACCCUGCAGAAGGUGAAGAAUGUCCUAGAAAGAUGCAAGUCCUGCCAGGGCUGCCCCAAGGAGCCAACGUCCCCGGGUGCCCACGGGGCCUCCAGCGGUGCGAGCUCGCCGGACACCAAGUCCUGCCGGGGUUGCCCUGAGGAGCCAGGGUCCCCGGGCAUCCACGGGGCAUCCAGUGGUGCGAGCUCGCCGGACACCAAGUCCUGCUGGGGCUGCCCCAAGGAGCCAGGGUCCCCGGGCGUCCAUGGGGCCUCCAGUGGUGUGAGCUCGCCGGACACCAAGGAGCCCUCCUUCCGCCUGGACGCUGGGGAUGACCAGGCUGACCUGGAGGCCCUGGGCUCCCUGCUGCUGUUCCUGGACAAGCCCGGCUUCGAGGCCGGCUUCCAGGGCCUGUAUGACCUCUCCCUGCCCCGGCUGAGCAGCGUGUUCGGCGGCUUCACCGACGAAGAGGAGCUGGCCCGGCUUCUGGCUGAGGCCCGGGGGGUGGCCAAGAAGGCCGGGCUGCCCAUGGCCCUGGCCAGGCUCUGCUUCCUGCUGGGGCGGCUGUGCAUGAGGCGGCUGAAGCUGUCCCAGGCCCGCGUGUACUUCGAGGAAGCCCUGGGGGCGCUGGGGGGCCGCUUCGGAGACCUCAUCCUGGUGGCGGCCGUGUACACUGGCCUGGCCGCUGUCCACCUGCGUCAGAAGAACAGGGAGAAGUGUGCGCAGGUGGUGCCCAAGGCCUUGGCCCUGCUCCUGGGGACGCCCGGGCACGUGGGCGGCUCGGAGGCCGAGUCGGGGCUCCUGAAGCUUGGCCUGCGGAGGGCUAUCGGCGCCCGCAGCCCGCAGGCCGAGGCCCGGGCCUGCUUCCUGCUGGCCAAGCACCACGCCCGCGUCAAGCAGCCCGAGGAGACCCUGCCCUUCCUGGAGAGGCUGCUGCAGCUGCACAGGGCCUGGGGGGCCUCGGGCGCCUCGUGGCCCAUAGACUGCUACCUGCUGCUGGCGGACGUCUACAGCCGCAAGUGCCUCCCGCAGCUGGCGCUGAGCUGCGUCAAGGUGGCCUCGCGGCGGGCACGGGGCUCGCUGGACAGCGCGCUCCGGAGCGCGGCCCUGGUCCUGCGGAGCAGCCCCCGGCUCCCCCGCCUCCCUGCCCAGCUCGCCCCCUACCUCCUGCGGGCCCUGGCCUCCCCGGACUUGGGCGCGGGGCAGGCGCUGCGCGGCCCCAUCUACGCCAGCCUGGCCCGGCUGCACAGCCAGCACGGGCAACAGGGCAGGGCCAUUGCCUUCAUGACGCGGGCCGCGGAGACGGACGCCCAGACUGGCGGCCGCACGGUUGUGGACCGCCUGGUGGCCCUCGCCUGGUUGCACGUGCUUCACAGGCAGAUCCCGGCAGCCCUGGACAUCUUGGAGUCCAUCCUGGAGGCGGCGGUGGCCUCCCUGGACCAGGAGGGCGUGAUCGCCAACAUGGUAGCUAUUGCCCUGAAGAGGAUGGGCAGGACUCGGCAGGCGGCCGAGGGGUACUACCGCGCCCUGCGGGUUGCCAGGCGCCUGGGUCGCCAGCGGAACAAGGCGGUGGUCCUGGCCAACUUCGGGACCCUGUGCCUGCAGACCGGCGCCGGCAGGCUGGCCCAGCACUACUUCCUGGAGGCCGUGAAGCUCUUCUCGCGGCUGCCCAGCGGAGAGUGCGGCCCAGACUUCACCCAGGUGCUCCUGCGGCUGGGUCACCUGUGCACCCGCAGGGCCCUUACCCGGCAGGGCAAGUGCUACUACGAGUGGGCCUUUCUGGUCGCCGUGGAGACGGACCAUUUGGAGAGCCAGCUGCACGCCGUCCAGCGGCUGUGUCACUUCUACAGCACAGUCAUGCCCAGUGAGGCCCAGUGCGUCGUCUACCACGAGUUCCAGCUUUCGCUGGCCCGCAGGGUGGCCGACAAGGUGCUGGAGGGGCAGCUCCUGGAGGCCAUCAGCCAACUCUACCUGUCCCUGGGCACCGAGCGGGCCUACAAGUCCGCGCUGGACUACACCAAGCGCAGUCUGGGGAUAUUCAUCGACCUGCAGAGGAAAGAGAAGGAGGCAUACGCCUGGCUGCAGGCGGGGAAGAUCUACUACAUCCUCCAGCAGCACGAGCUGGUGGAUCUCUACAUCCAGGCAGGGGUUGACGACCCAGAUCAGGAGCUGGCGGCUGGUGGAGGGUGCAGCCUCCUCUGCGAGCAGUGCCGCCUGGGGCCAGGGCUGCGACACAGAAAGGAGCCGGGGGUGGCACAGAACGCGGCCCUGUACACAGGGGACCCCAAGCUGGGGCUGCAGCUCUUUGAGGCGGCUGGAGACAUCUUCUUCAAUGGGACCUGGGAGCGGGAGAAAGCCGUGUCCUUCUACCGGGUGAGCGGCUGCCGUGGGUCCAGGCAGGACCGGGCGCUGCCCCUGGCCGUGACCACGGGGAGCCAGGAGGCCGAGCUGCGGCUCUGCAACAAGCUGGCAGCGCUGCUGGCCGAGACGGAGGCGCCGCGGGAGGGCCUGGAGUUCGCCCACACGGCCCUGGCGCUCAGCGUCACCCUGGGGGACCGGCUGAACGAGCGCGUGGCCUACCAUCGGCUGGCCGCCCUGCACCAGCAGCUGGGCCGCGGGGAGCUGGCUGAGCACUUCUACCUCAAGGCGCUCUCGCUCUGCACCUCGCCGCUGGAAUUUGACGAGGAGACCCUGUACUACGUGAAGGUGUAUCUGGUGCUCGGCGACAUCAUCUUCUACGACCUCAAGGACCCGCUCGACGCAGCUGGGUACUACCAGCUGGCGCUGGCAGCGGCCGUGGACCUGGGCGACAAGAAGGCACAGAUGAAGAUCUACACGCGCCUGGCUGCCAUCUACCACAACUUCCUCCUGGACCGUGAGAAGUCCCUGUUCUUCUACCAGAAGGCUCGGACCUUUGCCACCGAGCUCAACGUCCGCCGGGGACACCUGGCCCCUGGGCGGUGCUGCGGGCGGGCGGCCUGGCUGGUCCCCGGGCCCCCGUCCUGAGCCGUGGCCUCCGUCUGUCCCAGUGUCUCAGGGGGCUCGCUUCCUGGGAAAUGGGGGCACGAGGGCAGGGGUCAAAUAGCAAUAAAUGUUUUUUGCAGAAA